UGUUGUUGUAUCCUGUUGUGUUCUGUAGUUCAGGACUGAGUGAUCCUGUUGGUGUAGAGGUGAUGUGCAUGAGAAGGCCUCGUUUCCUUUGGAAAGGUGAUUUGAUGAGAGCCGAGGAAGGAAACACUUGACUCCUGAAAGCUGAAAUCCAGUUUAUUUUCUCGGCUCAACAGAAUGGAGAGGUGUAAGUCAGUCAGUGCAGACCACCACGGGACCCAGAAGCUGAGAAGGGCACCCCAGGUUGAAACCUGCCCCCGGUCUAUGCAGAGCCCCAGGUGUCCUUGGAGCCCUGUCCCUGAAAGGUGAGUGAUGUAGCAGGCAGUAGUGCCAUUACUGGGAGAGAGGAGGGGAAGGCUAGUAGCAUCUCUGUGUCCGUGCCCCCGUUUCCCCUUCUCCCCUUGGCUCCACUGGGCCUGAAAGAGUGUGGUGGGUGCUGUGCAGCCCUCAACUGGGAGUGAGCUUCUUCAUGGCAUGUGGGCAAAGAAGCUGUGCUCUUGGGGUCACUGGCACCCCUUCCAGCCUUGGGAUGGGGGAAGUUCAGCAGAUGUUAAGAGGAGUAGUGUGGGGAGGCAACAGGGUGAAAUGCACAGUGUGGUUUUUGUGGCUCCUUCUGCGUUAGAGAGCUGUGUGCGGGGAGCUGUGUGCUUCCUCACAGCUUUGCACUCCUGUCCCUGCUUGGCGGGCCCUGGAUGGCAAAGUGCGGAGUAGCACUUCUCCCAAUUGUCUGAGUAAUAGGGUGAGUUCUGGGGGUUGGCAAGAGCUAGGGGUUCCCGAGAAACCAAUUCCUCAGCACUGGGUGGAUCUCCGGCAUUGGCAUCCCCACUAAGUCCGCGGAAGACCGAGGACCACAGGUGGGCAGUCCCUGAAUGGAGUCAGGAGGCUGGUGCACAGCCCGUGUACCACUCACGGGAGCGAGAACAGCUUUCCAGUCCUGGACAGGCCCUUCUCCCACUGCACUCUGAGCGCGAGGAACAGGUGGACUGGGUGCUGGCACGAUGAGGAAGGGCCGAGCCCAGCCAAGGUCACCCACCGCUCUGGGCCCAGGGGUCCGGCUGGGACUGCCCGCCAGGACCCGCCCCCUCCGGGCUCCGCCCCCCCGGUCGCUGCAGACCAAUGGCGCAGAGGCGGAAGUGGGGCCGCCAAUGAGCGGCGUGAGGGGUCGGGGGCGUGCCCAAGAGGCCCUUUCCCCAGUGGGGACUGGCUCCGGAGACCGGCGCUAUCCAACUAAGUCCCCGGGAAAGAGAGGUCAGGGCGAGCGGUCUCCAAUCAGCGCGGCCGGCCGUUCUCCCCUGUCGUAGGUGGGGCCGCCGGGCGCGGGGCGGGUCCGAGCCGGCCCCCCGCCGUAGACGGCGGGCGGGGGGCGUGGCCGCGGCGAGAAGGCCGGCGCCGGGCGGCGGCCGCAGUUCCCGGCGCGCGCUGGCUCCGGCGGCCGCUCCGCAGCAUGGCCGGCCUGGGGCGGCCGGGCCCGGGGCCCCGCGCCGCAAUGCCCGCCUGGAAACGGGAGAUCUUGGAGCGUAAGCGGGCCAAGCUGGCUGCCCUAGGCGGGGGCGCGGGGGCCGGGGCCGAGGCGGGCGCGGCGGAGCCCUCGGGGCCGGCGGCCGAGCGGCUCGUGCUGGCCGAGAGCCUGGGCCCGCUGCGCGAGAACCCGUUCAUGCGGCUCGAAUCGGAGCGGCGGCGCGGGGCGCGGCGCGGCGGGGGCGAGGGGCCGGCGGGGGCGCGGCCGGUGCAGCAGCUGCUGGAGCUGUACCGCCGCGUGCCGGGCGUGCGCACCAUCCGCGCCGACAACAUCCUCAUCAUCGAGUCGGCUCCCGGCUUCCAGCCUGCGGGCCCUGGCCCGGACCCUGGCCCGGACCCUAGCCCUGGCUCGGCCGCCCGCAUCCGCGCAGCCGAGGUGCUCGUGUAUGAGGCGCCGCCGCCACCCGGCCGUGUCAGCCGUCUGCUCCAGAAGUUCGACGCUCCGGCCGCGCCGCUCCGCCGCGGGAGUCCGGAACGCGGCCGCCCCCCGCCGUCGCACCCGCAGCCUGCUCCCGGCCCCGCCGCCCCGCGCGUGGGCGAGCGCGCCGCCCGCUUCGAGCCCGAGGGCCGCGCUACAGGACCCGGGACGCGGCGCAGCGAUUUCCUGCAGAAGACCGGCAGCAAUUCCUUCACCGUCCACCCUCGGGGCCUGCACCACAGCGCUGGCCCUCGCCCGCUCCCCAACGGGCCUGCGGCCCCCGAGUCCCGGGCGGGUGCUGCCAACGGCCUCGCGGGCUCUGCGCCUGGGCCGGGCGAGUGGAAGCCAAAGGUGGAGUCGGGGGAGCCCCCUGUCCACCCGCCCCCCAGCCCCGGGACCCCUAGUGCCACUCCAGCCGCGUCCCUGGCCUUGCCCAUGACCAACUCUGCCAGUGCCACUCCCAGCCAGCGCCAGUGGGUCUCCGCGGCCACCAGCGCCAAUGACUCCUUCGAGAUACGGCCAGCCUCCAAGCCAGACAUGGAUCGAAUCCCCGCUGGGGACCUCCAGGCCCGGGCCCUGGCCAGCCUCCGUGUGAACUCCCGAAACUCCUUCAUGUUCAUCCCUAAGCGCAAGGCCUCUCGGGCCCCUCCUCCUGAAGGGAGGCAGGUGGGGGGACUGCCAGAGGGAGAGGUUGGCUGGGCCUCCCAACGCCUGGAGCUCGAAGCCCAGCUGGUGCCUGCAAGGGAUAGCGUGCCUGCUGGAGGGAGGAGCCCCUUGGGGGUCGACGAGGGGGAGUGCCCCAGGCCAGCUACCACCCUUGUGAACCAGGCUGUUAGGCGGCAGAGGCUGCCCUCACCACCCCUGUGUCCCUUAGCCGCUGCAGAAGCUAAGCCUGCCCAGGGCCUCGGGGUUUCCAGCUUGGCCAAGGAUGGUGGGGAGCCUGGGAGGCCAGGGUUGCCUGUCACCUUCAUUGAUGAGGUGGACUCGGAGGAUGAGUUCCCUCAACAAGCCAAACUGCCCUGCUCGGGAGCCGGGGGACCUCCUUGGUAUCACCUGCACCCCACCGGGCCUGGGCACCCGUCAGGGCUCCAUCACCGAGGUGGCAACACCUUCACCGUGGUGCCCAAGAGGAAGCCGGGGUCCCUGCAGGCCAACGGGGAGCCCGGGCCACAGGAGGCCGAGGAGGAGGAGGAGGAGGAGGCAGGCAGCUUGUCAGAGACCCCUGCUGCCCUGGGGACCUCACUGAAGAAGCGCUAUCCCACCGUGCAUGAGAUUGAGGUGAUCGGUGGCUACCUGGCCCUGGAGAAAUCCUGUCUCACCAAGGCCGGCUCCUCCAGAAAGAAGAUGAAGAUCUCCUUCAAUGACAAGCACCUGCAGACCACAUUUGAGUACCCUCCUGAGAGCUCGCUAGCACAGGAGGAGGAGGCUGAGGCCCAGGAGGAGGACGGGGAGGAGGAGGAGGAGGAGGAGGAGUCCAGCUCAGAUGGGGUGGUGGAGAAGCCCUUCUCGCUGUUCCUGCCCCGAGCCACUUUUGUGAACAGCGUGGGGCCCGAGAGCCCUCACCUGCCGGACGGCAGCUCAGGCCUGUCCGGCUACACUCCAAAACACUCUGUGGCCUUCAGUAAAUGGCAGGAACAGACACUGGAGCAGGCUCCGAGUGAGGUGGAGCCCACACCCAAGGAGGUCAUGCUCACCCCUGCCAGUCAGAACGACCUCUCAGACUUCCGAAGUGAGCCAGCCCUCUAUUUCUGACCCCAGCCCUGCCAGGAUGGCCAAGGCUGAGCCCUGGGAGCCAGGCAGUGCCCAGAAGCCGACCCUCGCUCUGCACCCCCCACCUCUCGCUGCCCUGUUGGGCUCUGCCCUGCCAUAUCCCACCCUCCCUUCCUGGGGUUGGCCUGAGCCUAGGGCGCCGGGGUCUCCUGCUUCCCUUGAGGCCGAGUCUCACUCUGCAGCCCUGGUUUGGGGGCACUGCCUGUGGAGGAUGGACAGGGUCCCGCUGGACACCAUGCCAGCAGGUGUCUGGUGCAUGUGUGAAGGGCUAGGUUGGCUGCCUGUCCUCUGUGGGACUUCCAGCCCUUCCCAGCCCACACCCCCCAACUGCAGACCUCAACUCGCCCCGUUUGUGAUGAACAGCAAGUUUUUUCUUGCCUCUAAUGAUGGAUUCAAUAAAUACCACUGGACAAGGCC